CCCGCCCGCCCCAACCUUCCCUGCGCUCUGCUGCGUCGCCCUCGCUUUCCCCAAGCAAAGAUGGAAGUCGUCAAUCAGCUUGUAGCCGUUGGGCAGUUCCGAAUCUUCAAGGAGCCUCUGGGCUUUGUAAAGUUGCUAGAAUGGUUCUUCUCCAUCUUUGCGUUUGCCACAUGUGGCAGCUACACCGGAGAAUUCUGCCUGAGCGUGGAAUGCCCCAACAAGAAUGAAAGUGAUCUCAGCAUAGAGGUGGAGUUUUCCUAUCCCUUCCGGCUUCACCAGGUCUAUUUUGAUGCUCCUGCUUGUAAAGGGACGGAACAGGAGAAGGUUUUCUUGAUCGGAGACUACUCCUCCUCUGCCGAAUUCUUCGUCACCAUUGCGGUCUUUGCCUUCCUCUACUCCCUUGGCACCAUUGUCGUCUACGUCUUCAUGCAGGACAAAUAUAGGGAGAACAACAAAGGCCCCAUGAUUGAUUUUGUCGUCACAGCUGUUUUUGCCUUCAUGUGGCUGGUGAGCUCCAGCGCUUGGGCCAAGGGGCUUUCGGAUGUCAAGGAAGCCACUGACCCAGACAGUGUGAUCAAAAGUGUGACUGCGUGCAGAGAAGCAAAUGUCAAGUGCAAGGAGAUACGGGAACCGGUCACCUCUGGCCUCAACACCUCUGUGGUCUUUGGCUUCCUGAACUUAGUGCUUUGGCUGGGGAACCUGUGGUUCGUGUUUAAAGAGACAGGCUGGAGUGCCCCCUUCAUGAAGUACCCACCUCCCCAGGAGAAGCAACCCGCACCUGAUACCUAUGGCGAUGCCUACAACCAAGCCCCAGGCUAUGGACAGCAGGACUCGUAUGGGCAGCAGGGUGGCUACCAGCCAGAUUACAGCCAGCAAGGCUAUGGGCAGCAGGGAGACUACGGCCAGCAAGGCAGCUAUGUCCAAGGCGGGCCCACUUCCUUUGCAAACCAGAUGUAGGCGGGUCCCUACUCCCCAGUAGGAGGUGUCGUGAGGAGGAAGCCGCCAUCCUGUCCCGGCCCCCCAUGUCCCCUUGUGCAGGGGAAAGGGGGGGCUGGUGGGUGCUUGCACUGGGAGGGGGCUGGCGGAGUCCCCCCCCCAGGAUGAAUGUAGAUGUUCGUGCUGUUUAUAUAUAUAUA